UGGCGUUAGCUAGCGUCAAGGCUGGUGGAGCGGAUAUCCUUUGAAAAACCGGCUUUAACAGUGUGCUGUUUUUUCCCCCCUUUCAUCUAAAGUUGAAAUAAUACGAUUGUGAAAGUAUUAAUAUAAUUCGCGGUUGAGUGAAAUGCUACAAUGUUCUAGGCACACAUUUCUGUCAGUUGAUCAUUGCCGUGGUUUGGAAUAUGACCUUUAUGACAAGAAGUAAACGUUAAUGAUCUCUGUGUGGAUUUUGCUACUUUUAUUUUUAAACUCUACAUGUUCUUGCAACUGUUGUUGCGGUGUGCUUUCGUCCUGUUGCAGAGCAAGCGUAGUUUAUGUCAAACAGAAAUGAUGCGUUUGUAGGAUGCUUGGUACCUAAUGGCAGCUAUAUAUUUUUUGUUCAUUUGUAUGUAAUGAACACCUGAUGCCACCUAUUGGUGAACGCAUAAUUCUAGGAUCUUUUCAUUUUAUGGGGGCAUUUGCACACCUGUCAUUUCUCUAUAGAUAUUUGCCAUACGUGUAAUAGGACCUGCUAUUCUGUGGGAUUUGUUGUGUAUCUGUUGACUGCUUCUUCGACUUGUGAAACUCUGAUUUAAGUUGAUCACAUUCUGCUGCUAAAGUGUCUAUCAGGGCUGCACGGUUCUGCCAAAAAUGUGAAUCCCGAUUGUCUUGCUUAGGGAUGAACUUUGCUUGCUUUGGUUUGACAGAAAUCACACUUUAUGAUUGUUAUUAUCUUUAUUAUCAGUCAUUGUCUUGUUCUGCCGCCCUCCAAGACAGGUCCUGGGAGGAGUGUUGACACGAGAUUUUUUCAAAUAGAAUCAAUAUCGAAAGACUGAAAAUAAUCCGCAACGCAUUUAUGCGCGUAAUAAAGACGAAAGAAAAGUCGCUUAACGAUCCCUUCUCCCGUGAGCUGAUGAAUGAUAGCCAGCAAGCCUCGCCAGCCAGGGCAGUGAAGCCAACUCGCCCUGGCAGGCAAGAGAGAGCGUCGUUGGUGUGAAUGAGUGACGUGGUGCCUCCCACAGCUCUCAGUGAAGUCCAGCUACGGUUCUUGUGCCACGAUGACAUAGAGAGUGUGAAACUGCUCUGUGGUGAUUGGUUCCCAAUUGAGUACCCAGACUCAUGGUACCAGGACAUCACCUCAAACAAGAAGUUUUUCUCUCUCGCCGCCACCUUCAGAGGAGGCAUUGUGGGAAUGAUCGUGGCCGAGAUCAAAAGUCGGACCAAAGUGCAUAAAGAGGAUGGAGAUAUUCUUGCCUCCAGUUUUCCUGUGGACACACAGGUAGCCUACAUCCUCAGCCUGGGAGUGGUCAAAGAGUUCAGGAAACAUGGCAUAGGCUCCCUACUGCUGGACAGUCUGAAGGAGCACAUCUCGACGACAGCUCAGGACCAUUGUAAGGCGAUAUACCUGCACGUUCUCACCACCAACAACACUGCCAUCCACUUCUAUGAGAACAGGGACUUUAAGCAACACCACUACCUGCCCUACUACUACUCCAUACGGGGCGUUCUCAAAGAUGGAUUCACAUAUGUUCUCUACAUCAACGGGGGUCAUCCACCUUGGACAAUAUUUGACUAUAUCCAGCACAUAGGUUCAACCUUAGCCAGCCUGAGCCCAUGCUCGAUCCCCCAGAGGCUGUACCGACAGGCCCAGUCUCUGCUGCGAUCACUGUUGCCGUGGUCCAACAUUGCCUCCAAGACCGGCAUACAGUACAGCCGAACAAUGUGACACAACAACGGCCAGGAGUAAGAAGAAUACAGUUUCUCAUCAGUCUUCCCUUGUGUCCACCAGGAUGCACAUCCUCAGCACGCUGUGUAGGACACAACCCUUCAACUAUCAGCAUAUUACUCCUGAUUCAAUGCAUGUUUCACACACGCACACACAGAUCUGGGUUUGUUGCUCCGUGCAUGUUGCUAAACAUGGUGGUUGCACUGCAUCAUGAUCCAAAGUGCAAUGUUGACAAUACAGAGUGAUUUGGGAGGAACCAUUAGGAUUUGUGGUUUGGCAUUAGUUAUAAUGUCUGUCCCGUCAAUACUGCACCCUUCCAUAAUUCCGACAUUAGCGUGUUUUUAGCCAGUCAUACCAAAGCUGAGGCAUUUCAGACUUGCUUCUUAGCUCAGAGAAACAAGAAACGGGCACAGAUUUUGGUGUGACGGGAUUUAAACACCGAAAGGUCAAACUCUAUAUCUGCCUAUAUUUCUGCCUUGCUUCAUCCAAUUCACCACUGUCCUGUAGACUAUGUAUGUCUGCUGUUGGUAUAUUAUAUAUACUAAGGUAAAAGAUUUCAUAUUUAAUGUACAGUGUGUCUUAUAUUGCUGCUGGCCGUUUGGAAUAACCUCCACUUUCCCUUCUUGACUGGAUAGAAUGUGACGUAUGGACCCAAGAACAAAUAGCAUUGGACUGUGAAUCUAGCAAUGCUUUUAAUAAAAAUAGACUCGUAGUGUAGAAUAGAGUUAGUUAUUUAUUGGGAACAACGGAACAUAAUUAUUUUAAUUUUCAAAUGUUGUUCCCUUUUGAAAACUGAAGACGUUGAGUUUUUUUGUGUGCAAUAUCUAAAUGUACUGUAUUCGUGACUUUAGCACCGACACGGAUGAACACAUUUUAGCUUCUUCUUAUUACACGCAACACAAAGUUUACAGGGCGUUUCACAUGUUAUGCAGCUAUAUUCCAUUUUAGUUUCAAACCACCCAUGAUAGAGUUCAUCUUAUUUUAAAGGUUUUAAAAAAAAGUGGCUACAGCCGUGUCUGGCGCGCACCUGUCAACCCUUCCAUUUUUCCUGGGAAACUCCCGUAAUUUGCCCUUUUUUCCCCGGCACCCUCCUGUUUUAAUUGUUUCCCGGAUUUUAACUUUCAUGGAAAAAAAAUCUGGUAGAAAGACCAAAAUUUCCCUUAUUACGCUACACAGUAGCUUAAAGAACACUAAAUUAACACGACAACCCAGCGAGUUGUGCUCACCAAGUUCACCAAGCUCCCGAUCUCAUUCCACAUCACUGAAUCCAUUGAAUUCGUCAUCCACAGUGUUGCGAGCCUCGAGCGCCAUGUUGCUGCUGUUGUUGGGAAUGUUCACUCCUUGGUUCGUGACCGUCAGUAUGAAUUAACAUUUAAAAACAAGUUAAAUUAUUUAUUUUGAUAUAUAAGCUGCAGCUGAGAAUAAGUGGCAGGACCAGCCAAACUAUGGAAAAAAAGUGUGACUUAUAGUCUGGAAAAUAAGGUACAUUUGAGCCCGGGGGGGAGACAAGAACAAGGAAGUCUCUCAAAAUAGAAAUCCUUGUUACAUGACAUAUGUGUGCAAGGUCCGGGAUUAGCACCUAUCAAGUGCCAAUGUUGGUGUAAAUACAUUCAGCCAACAUGUAGUUGGUCACACUGUAGUUCCUCCAUUUGGAUUGCAUUCUAUCGUAUAUAACAGUGACUGUGUGAAAUGUGUUAUUCAAAGGUGUGAAUUUCAAAAGACCAUUUCAGACAGUUUGUAUGCAAUAAAAGUUCCUUUGAUUGUAACAA